AUGGUGGAUAUUGAAAGGAAGGUGAAGAAUGCUAUCGGUGAACAAUUAGGUAUCAAGGAAGAAAAGAUAACAAUGGAUUCAUACAUUGUGGAUGACCUUGGCGCCGAUUCUUUGGACACUGUUGAAUUGUUCAUGGCGAUAGAGGACUUGUUCGGCAUUGAUAUACCAGACGAAGAUGCGGACAAACUUGGAUCUGGUAAGAUUACUAUCUAUCUCCCUGCUCUUGUCCUGUGUAUUCCGAAUUAA